AUGGCCAGGAAAAAUAGGACACGUAGUUCAAAUGGUACCAACCUGGAUUGCAAUGAAUCAUCUGAUGAAGAUGGAUGCUGCUCACCGAGAACUACUCGACCUAUUUCUACUGGUUUAUUGACAUCAAAUCAACAACAAACAGCUCAUUCUCAAUCCGCUCCAGUAAUACAAUCAAAUAAUGCUGAGCAGAGCAAUAUAAAUCAGCAAAUUCAUGGAUAUCCAUAUGUUCAUCAUAAUUCAUUAUAUCGACAAAAUUAUCGUGGUGUACAACUAGGCCAUUCUGGUCCAUCAAAUGAAAAUUCAUCACUUCGUUGUAAAUCUAUUUCUCAUCUAUUUAUUAAAUAUUUAUACUUGAUUUCAGAUAGUUUGGUUUCGAGUCAAAUUCACCUACCAGCAGAACAUGUCGAUUGUCCUAUGGAUGAACGUGUACGUUGGAUGGAUAAUUAUCACUUUUCAUUAACUAUCAAAGACAGUUUUACAUAUUUUCGAAAAAGUGAAUGCAUAGAGAAUACUCAAGAACAUAGCAUGCCACUAACAAUCAUUUUAAAUAAUAUUGGUUCAAAUCAAAUCGCCAACGGUGAAAAUAACCGUAUGAAUAUGGAUGUAAUAACACAAAAUAAUCCCGAUAAAAUUGCUACACCAUUAUGGGCAAUUGGCAUACCGACGGAGACCACUGUAGCAAACAAUGCUGUAGCAGCAGCACCGAAUGAGAUUCCACAGGAUACAGAUUUUUCUGUUAUUACAAGUGAAACAAAAAAGAUUGAUGAAAUAUCCAUGCACAGUAGUAAUGAUGAACAAAGUCUUAUUCGUGAUAGCUUCGUACAUGUUGGAGACAAUGAUGAAUUAUCUCAUAGCAACAAUCAAAUAGUAGUUGAAGCAUCACCAAAUAAUACAGCUAUUGCUAAUGUUGUUCCACCAAGUGCUUCAUCAAAUCAAAUGAAUAAUGUUGAUGAACAAUCAGCUGGCACAGAAUUGACAAAUAAUACAUCAUCUCCUGAAACAUUAGAAAUCGCACGGGAUGUUGCUACAAAUGAAGCUACUCCUCAAGCAAUUUUAUGUGUUACUUAUAUACCAGUUAAAAAUGUUGAAAAGUUACUAACUGCAUUUGAACCAAGUAACGAUUUAAACAAAGAAAUUCGUCCAUAA